UUGCGGAAGAGUGCAAGCCAUGCGUGAACAAUGCCCUCUCCAAUCCCAGUGACUCGGUUGUUGCCCAAGGAUUUUUACCCGUCUCUUGAUUUUGGAGUUUGCAGUAGUCCGUUAGCAAAAUACACUAAUGAUUCGACUUUACAGGUGCCAACUCAAAGCUUUCACGGUAGAUGUGCGCGCAAACUCUGGUCGUCUGUGAUUAAUUGGAAAGAACUACGGUCUCUCCAGCCCAUUGGAUCGGGCGGCUUUGGAUCAGUUUACAGAGGACUUUACUUUGGUGAGACCAUUGCAAUCAAAAAGGUGAAGAAGUGCUCCAAAAACAAGCUCGCCUCGAGGCAAAGCUUCUGGUCAGAGCUUAACGCGGCUCAUCUGCGACACAAAAACAUUGUUCGAAUUAUAGCAGCUACAACUUGCAUGCCAGAUAAUUCGGACAAUGAUGAUAAUAUUGGAACCAUAUUGAUGGAGUAUGCAGGAUGUUUAAAUUUACAAUAUUUAAUCUAUGGUACCACCGGCACAUUGGGGAAGGACAGGUGUUUGAAAUAUUCAAAAGACAUUGCAAAUGGGCUAUUUUUCCUCCACUCCCAUUUAAUUGUACACCAAGAUCUAAAACCGGCGAAUAUCCUUGUAACCGACGGGGAUAUCUGCAAAAUUGCAGACUUUGGAUGCUCACAGAAGUUGGAACUCCACAAAGAUUCGUCCCCCAUAACCCCCCGUAAGUCUCACGCGGCGGGUACCUACACACACAGAGCACCUGAACUCUUGAAAGGGGAAGAUGUUACCUUGAUGGCAGACAUUUACUCGUUUGGAAUCACCUUUUGGCAAAUGAUCACGGAAGAGCAGCCGUACGAAGGAGAUCGGCAGCCGGUAUUGUAUGCUGUUGUUGCAUAUAAUUUGCGCCCAUCUGUCACAAGUGUAUUUUUCCUCAAUACAAUCUGGGGUCAAGCUUGCAAAUCGGUUCUCGAAAAAUGUUGGAACGGCGACCCGAGUCAAAGACUCAGCUCCAGAGACCUUCUUGGGGAAAUUGAAACGAUGCAGUCUUUUGAACAGACUUGAAAGCACAGGUCGGACUACAAUGCAUAUGGAUGUAGUGCCAAUUGUAUAGGCUACAUUAUUUCAUUCUGAAGGCUAUACAUUUAAUUUCUUAUUUUACGUGUAGGCUACAUUGUUGUAAAUUAUUGUAAAUAGACUUGAAAGUAUAGGUUGAACUACAAUGUACUUUUAGAUGGUGUACGUCCAUUUGUAGACUCUAUUUUAUGUUUCAUCCUGGAUGUCUUGCAUUUGACUUAACUUAUUUGUAUGUACAUGUUGAAAUCUCAAGUAAUCUCUGUACUUGAGGUGGAUGACCGCUAGAGGGCGAGACACGUCACUUACUUGGGACCAUACCGGGAUUGAAGCAUUCGAAUGAUCUUUCUAAAUGGGAGCAGGCAAUUUGUAGUUCGUUUAAAUUGAAUGAAUAAUUACGUUACAUGAAAAAGAGAAUUACUACAUUGACCUAGCCCUGUUCCCUUACUUCUUUUUUUUUUUAAGUUUAGCCAUAAAUACCUUUAGCCUGUAGUCUCAUUUUAAAAUUGUUGUACUACUCAACUUCUUAAAAAAAGAGGGUGACAUUCUUUUGUUUUACUUUAAUCCUCUUGUCUUAAAUUAUGAACCUAAAUGUGUAUAAAUGGAUUAGAUCAUUUUUAAUGUUUAAUGCAAUUGUCUUAUAUUCAUUUUUACAUGUUUACAAUUUCAUUAAAAUGUAUUUGGCUUGUGGUGUAUGCACUGUAUUGUAAUCAAUAACAAAUUAUUAAAUUAGUUUCAAAUUACUAUGUUUGACCUAAAAUGUGAUACUUGGUGUAAAAAUGCUGAAAGUGAAAAUCAGAUAAAAGGCUUCAUGCAUUAAAAGAUGCAUCCAAUAUGCAUACAGCUGUAACUUUUAAUUGAGGAAAGACUGGACAACAUGGGGGUCUGUCAGUUCUCAAUUAAGAAAGUAUUAUGUAUUUGAGGCAUCUUUUAGUGUACAAAACCUUUUUUCCCUGGUGCAGCAUAUGCCCAGCUCUUAUGUAGCAGGAGUUUUGCUGAUGUUCUACAGCACUGUGAUCGCCAAAAUUUUUAAUGCCAUUAGAAAUAGCAUUAGGGUGUCAAACUCAAU